AUGUCCGCACCAACCCUCCGACGAUCCUUUACCACCUUCAAUGCCCGCCUCGGCAAGCAGACUUCCUCGGCUCAGAUCUGUCGCCGCAGCGGCAGCGCAUUGCAGAAUGGAACCACGGUUUUGGCGCUGAGAGCGGCUCGUGCUGGACAGAGAGGUCUCUGGACAUCAUCGAGGACUAGUGUAGUUGCGCCCCUGUGCACCAGUUUCACCCCCCAGGAUUUCGUCCGCUGGAAUAGCGGCAAGAGCGGGCAGGGGUGGAAACAAUGGAAAUUCGAAGACAUCAACGCCUCCCUCCCUGCCGACACUCCCAACUCCCCCUCCCAGAACCCCCAAAAGAACCUAAUCCUCGUCGACGUCCGUGAACCCGCCGAACUAAAAGGUGGCAUCCUCCCCUCCGCCGUCGCUGUUCCGCUAGCCUCUCAACCAGAUGCGCUCUUCUUAUCCCCAGACGAAUUCGAAACGCGCUUUGGAUACCCGAAGCCUGGUGUGGGUGAGGAGGGGGAUAUUGUGUUUUAUUGUAAGGCGGGGGUUAGGGCGCGGGCGGCAGCACAAUUGGCUGUGCAGGCGGGGUAUGAUGUCGAGAGGGUAGGGGUUUAUGAUGGGAGUUGGUUGGAUUGGGUUAAGAGAGGUGGGAAGGUUGAGGAGUGGGAGGGGGAGGACUAUUGA